GACUUGGUUUUUUUCAAAAGGGGAUAAUCAAUGCCUGAUUCCGCAAAAAUAGACAAGCAGAAUCAAGGUGCUGCCUGUUUUCGAUGUCGUGGAUUCAGACAUGCCUGCGAUAAAAAUAAGCCCUCCUGUUCACGUUGUGCUCGUCGAGGCAUCACCUGCGUUUACCCCGAAGCCGCACCGACACUUAAAAAAUUACAAAAGGCAACAGAGACGCUCGGUGACCGAAUUAAGAAAUUUGGUGACAGGAUUAAAGCAGGGGAAAUGGCGCCUUUAUUCAAUAUUCAAUCUGCACAGAAUGACAUUGGCUCUCCUGCAUAUUCUAGCAGCGGUAGUAGUGUCUUUUCUGCUUAUUCUGAGGAAGAAGAUCGACCAAGGAUUAAAAUACGACGGGGUGCCAAGGUGGCGUCAACAAGUAAUUUUUCAGUAUAUCCCUGCAGCAAGUGUUUUAAGGACUUACAACAAUGUGAUUUACUUUUACCUCGAUGUACACGAUGUGAAGCCAAUGAUUUUGAAUGCGGAUAUAAAAAGACAGAGCCAAAGGCAAAUCAUGUAUCCCAGGUACUGACGACGAUGAACAAGGUCAUGGAUCAGUGGCAGGAUUCCAUUGAUCGCAUGGCAAAGGAUUUUGCACAAAAGACACGUGAUUUUUCAGUCAAGGCCAACAAUUCUCUCAAAAUCAAGUCUGCACAGACCUCCUGGAAGAUCACUGCGACACACAAGGGGAUUUCAGUAGAGAGUAACGUGAAUUCGUUUAAUGACUUUUCUGCAUUGGUUGAUCAGUUUAAGCGCUCCUUAUUUAUUUCUCCCAAAGACAAGUAUCAGAACAACAAUAUCAAUAGUAAGCAAGAUAACAGGAAUACCGAUGUGUCCUCUGUUAUAGACUCAAAUUUGGAAUUGGAUGAUGCGAGCUCCAUUCAUACAACAUCUGGUUUUGCCAUCUGGAGCCAAUGGUCUCACCCAACACAUGCUUUACCCAAGGAUUACCCUAUUGAUAUCUCUCAAGAACUGACUGACAACUUGAUUGAGCUUUACUGCCAGACGCCCUGUUGUUCAAGCAUACGAUUACCUAUUAUUGAUACAGCUGAAUUUCUAGCUCGUUAUAAAAGUUCUGAUCCUACCAAGCGACCCGCCACUGUUCUGGUGUACGCAAUAUGUGCCAUGGCCGCACGAAAUGCAUUCCAACUUCACGUCUGGACCAAACGCUCUUCAUUUGAAGCGCCACAAUACAAUAUGGGCAAAGCACUCUCUGUCGCUUACUGUCUUCGUGGACGCGAGCUGUUAUCCGAAUGUUUUGACGAGCCGACACUGGAGCAUUGUCAGGCUGCGUUCUUAUUAUCAUACUGUAAUUAUCAAAAUGGAUUCCCUGGAGUCAUUUAUAUCUAUGAAUGGAUUGCAUUCAAUAUGGCACAAGAACUCGGGCUAUACCAACCCAACCGUCAGCUCAGUCGACAUGAAGCAAUGCUCAUCUGGUGCAUCUACUAUUGCAAUGCAUGGUAUCGAACACUGCAGCGAGCAGAGAGCAACUCUUCAUCUGGAAUAAGUCAAUGCAAGCCAAGUUGUCCGGUUCCUGAUCCUCUGCCAAAGCCCGAAUCGACAGGUAAUACCAGUUCGCAGCAGCAUGAUCAAGCCAUGGUAGAGUACUAUGUAUGGAACGCUUGGGUUUAUUUGAUCCAUUUACAAGUGCUUCGUGAAGAAUCGAUGGUUAGAUUAGUGGCCUAUCAGCAAAAUAAGACUACUGAUACGACUCUUGUGCAAGAUUUGAUAAAGAUGCAAGAUGUAUUGAGAACAUUUCGUCAGAAUUUACCUUCCGAAUGGCAAAAGGAAAUGACAUCAACUUCAUGCUACUCGCCUCUCUCUGUGCAUUCUGAUACAUCCAGCAGUCAAACAGAGGAAAGUGGACGAUACUGUAUUGAUCUCCCAUCAUUUUCACGCUAUUGCAUAAACUUUGUGAGUUUACAUCACAGCAUCAAUGAGAUAAUCCUCAGUCAAGUCUUUGUCCCCAUGGAUCGCGUCCCGUGUACAUCAAUCUCAAUUCAAAACUUACAAGCUAGUCUAAAUGCGGCAAAUAACAUUACUCAGAUAUUUGAAAUCAUGGUUCAGCAAAAGGAAGGAUGCCAUAUACCUCUGAUCGGGUUCUUAUUUGCAAAUAUCAUUUACAGAAAGCUACUGAGUUAUACGGCAGAUGAAAUCUAUUACGAUACAGGCAAGAUAGGAUUAUUGCGAUCCGUUGAAAUAAGUAAAGCGUCCAUCAGCUACGUAUAUGACUUUGAACUAUCACGCAGCCUCGUCCAUUUGAUGGAGCAAGAUGUUCAAUAUGCACUUUCAAAGAGAAGGACAUCAGCUGAAACAUCCCCCUCCUCAAUACCAUCACCGGCUAAUUACAUGUCAAUUAGUCCAGGUUGUUAAUAAUCCCCCUUGUAUAUUUCUAUUUUAAUGUCUGUUAUUUACUUUCUAUUAAUACUUAUGUUCCCUUGGAUACUAUUACUAUAACUACUACUUAUAAUGUUACUAUUACCUUAAUUCCUUUCUUUUUAAUAACCUAUCCUAACGAUUAAUAAUAAAAACAUUUCUUUAAUAACAAAGAAAAUAACCAAAAGCGACCUAAAGAGAGGAGGCUGUGUUCUGGAACCUAUUUGUUCAAAUUCAAAAAUAGCUCCCA